GGUUGGAGUGACGUACCGGGGGGCGGGAGGGUGAAAGGUCACAGGAUCCGCAGAGUCUGCUCAUGGCGUCCGGGAUCAUCAGGAGCGUCAGGUUCUUUACAAAGUUUGGGAUAAUUGGAGGCACUGUGUACGUCAUUUAUGACCAGGACCUAUUUGGAAAUGGGGAGCAUAGUUUGGAAGUAUUGAAGACUGUUUCAGCUGCGGUCCCGACUGCAAUGGAUCACUGGGCCAAGUAUUUUGGCGUGGAGUUACCAGAGGUUCCCAAGCUGAAUGUUCCUGUUAACGAAUACUGGAAUUCAGGUGUUGAAGCUACCGCAUGCAUCUUGUCCGCUGCGCCUACAAAAUGUAACGAAUACACUCAGAAAGGCUGGCAGUACAUCAAGAACUUAACCAAUAAAACCGAGUAAACUGCUCCUUCAUUAUAAUAGUUUUUGUUCAUGACCACAAGCUGUAACAAAGUGUAAAUACCUACAUGAUAAAAUGUAUUUGAAAUUA